UGGAACUGCCCCUACGCGAUGGAGACCAUGCGGAGCUAUGCCGAGGACAUCGACGGCGGCCGGUCGCCGUCGGUCUCGAUGCUGUCGGAGGUGGCCGCUGCCAGGAAGAUCACGAUCGUCGGCGGAUCCGUACCCGAGAUGGCGUCGGGGCAGCUGUUCAACACCUGCUGCGUGGUCGGGCCCGACGGGGAGAUCAAGGCCAAGCACAGGAAGCUGCAUCUGUUUGGAAUUGACAUCCCCGGAGACAUCACUUUCAGGGAAUCCGAUACCUUCACUGCUGGGCAAGAACCCACCGUGGUUGACACAGAUGUUGGACGGAUUGGUAUUGGGAUUUGUCAUGAUAUCCGGUUCCCAGAACUGGCAAUGCUGUAUCGAUCAAGAGGUGCACACUUGAUAUGCUACCCGUCUGCGUUCAACAUGAGCACCGGGCAGCUCCUCUGGGACCUUAUGCAGAAGUCCAGGGUUAUUGACAAUCAGCUGUUCGUGGUGACCUGCUCACCUGCGCGAGACCCCAACUCAAAGUCAGAUUUCGUGGUCUGGGGUAACUCAAGCCUCAUCGGACCAUUUGGCGAGGUUCUUGCGGCGGCAGGGCACGAGGACGCGACCGUCAUCGGCGAGGUCGACCUGUGUUCGAUUGAUGCUGUCCGGUGUGAGACUCAUCUUUUUGUAGUUGAUUUUGUACUUGGGCUUGUGUUCUAUUUCGGCUCAGGCGUCAGAGGAAAAAUCUGUGCAGGGCGAACCUCCCUUUGGAAACACAGGGUAGAGGGGAUCUGUACAGGUUGGUCGAUAUCGAGAGGGAAUGUUCGAGCUAGCUGCGUUGCUCUAGGAGAUGGAAAUGCAGUGCAGAGAACUGAAGAAGGCCACGUCUGCAUGUGUUGGUCACAUGCUGGGGACGGGGUUUGCACAAUUGUGUAGUGGCAUGCAAAUAUUCGGGAUGCCAUAUACGAUAUGUACCGAUACUGUAUUUGUUUAUCAGGAUUCAAAACGGUAUGGCACUAACACAUGACAAUUCCGAACGUUUAUGACGAUAAGUUUAGUGAU